UUAGUUUUAAAAGGAAAAAAAGAAUAGAGAAUGCCGGUUAUGAAAUUCAUAUAAAGUUGUUGGUUGUUGGUAGCUCUUGAUAGAUUAAUAUGGAGGCAGCGGAGAUGGGGAAGACGAUUGAGAGAAAAAAUAAUCCUAGACCACCACCACCGAUGAUGGGCAGCCAUGAUCAUGAUCCGCUGUUUCUGUCCGAAGAAGUAUGGAUUAACGUGUUAUCGAGGCUACCUGUGAAGACCCUAUUGAGAUUCAGGUGCGUAUGUAAAUUAUGGCGUUAUCUCAUCUCUGAUGAUCCUCACUUUGUUCACCUCCACUCUCCUCAUCAUUCCAAAUCCAAAUCCGAACCACGUCUUUUCUUCGUCUCGUUAACUCCUCGCGAAGAAUGGGAAAAACAUAGAGAAGAAGGGAACCCAAUAAGCAGAUUUGAAUUCAAGUCUAAGACACUUUCACCUUUUGUGAUACCUACUCGUUUCGAUCUAGUUUGCAUUCAAGACUCUGAUAUCAUUCAUAUCUGUAAUCCCAGUACACAUGAAUUCAUUACAUUACCAAAACCUCCUCGUACCUCCUUCUCAUCUUGUGGGCCUGAUGGCUCGGUGGGUUUCGGAUAUGUUAGCUCGACUGACGAGUACAAAGUAGUUCGUUUGAUUCCACCCGUAUAUGGCCUUGGAGGAAGUCGUCGUAGAUUCACUACUAAAUGUCUUGUCUUUACCUUAACGGAGAGAAGGGGUUUUUCUUCUUCUUCAUCAUCUUCAUCAUCUUCACCAUGGGGUUGGAGACGCGUGGUAGAUUCUCCAUACCAGGUCAGCAAGUAUCACCCAGCUUUUGUUAACGGAGCCAUCCAUUGGUUGGUGUACUAUUGUUCGAGAAUUGAUGCUGAGUUCUAUGAUGGACAUAUGAUUGAUCCUAGAAAUACAAUCGUCGCGUUUGAUGUGGAAAAAGAAGAAUUCAGAUUAAUCGAACAUCCUAGAUGUCGUGAUCUUAGGUCUUUCAAAUAUUCUGAUUUUCAAUUGGUGGAGUUGAGAGGGUUACUGUGCCUUUCGUGUGUUGAAGGUUCCAAAAUGGACAUAUGGAUGUUUAAAGACUACCACUACAACAAGAGUGGUACAUGGGUGAAAGAAUACAGCAUUGUCUUGCACCCUCACUACCACUAUCUGGACCAAAGGGAGAGGGAUGAUCACAAUAAUCGCUACAGGGAGGACGAUUAUGACUAUUGUGCACCCAGGGAUAUAAAGGACAGAAAGAUACUAAUUGAGACACGUACCACAGGUUUAGGAUAUCAUCAUCUCCAAACCAAAAGUUUUGAAGGAUUUAUUGAUAGUAAACGGAUGGCAUAUCUACGCUCCAGUUUCUUCUACACAGAGAGUUUGCGCUCACUUAAAACAAAGCAAUCGGCACAGGGAAACAUUGAAGAAUUAACCUAUAAGCAAACUGUUGAGUGCCUUAAAUUGCCCUCAGGAGAGCAAAGUUUUUAGUGUAGACGUUUCAUGUUCUUGUGACUAUGAUGAUCAGUGAGCCAUAUUCUUCAUUCCUUAUGAAGCGAGCUAGCUAGGUGGGCUGUGGAAUAGUGGAUGUUCCAAGAAUGCGUAUCAGAUUUUCUCCCUACUCCAUAUUAUCAUACUCUUUAUAUAUUAUAAUAGUGGUUUGUGUUCCAAGAAUUUAUCCUACUGGACUGGUGCUAUUAUUGGAAAAUGUUUUGUAAAGCCAGCUUGGAAUCUUAUAAGAGAAUUAUUUUCUUUUUUGGUGCUCUUUCAAUUAUCAAAUUUGAGCAGAAAGAAAUUUUGGAAGAUUUUAAGGCUGUAACAAGUCAAGCCUCUUCCUUGAAUACUGUUCCAUUUUAGAAGAUACUAAAG